AUCAUCAUGAUGCUUCUUUUAGCAUUCAUAACAUUUAGCUAAUUAACUUAUCCCUUGUACAGAGAAUCUCUGAUUCUCCGGUGAGAAUUACUAAUGGCGAAACUCGCUUUAGGAAGUUACCUUGAAGCCACCCAGACCGAUUGCCUCAAAGCCCUAGUUGUUGAGUUCAUUACAACCUUUCUCUUUGUGUUCGCCGGAGUUGGAUCUACCAUGGCUGUUGAUAAGUACUCAGACGGAAGUGCCCUCGUGGGGUUGUUUGCCAUAGCCGUGACACAUGCUCUUGUGGUGGCCGUGAUGAUAUCUGCCGGCCACAUCUCCGGCGGUCAUCUUAACCCCGCUGUUACUCUUGGCCUCUUUGCUGGCGGCCAUAUCACUUUAUUCCGAUCCGUCCUCUAUUGGAUAGACCAAUUGUUAGCAUCUUCAGCAGCAUGUUUUCUUCUCUAUUAUCUCACCAGUGGAAUGACUACGCCUAUUCAUUCACUGGGAAGUGGCGUGGGCUACCUUCAAGGCGUCAUAUGGGAGGUCAUCCUUACAUUCUCCUUGUUAUUCACCGUGUACGCAACCAUUGUCGACCCAAAGAAGGGUUCUAUAGACGGUCUGGGUCCAACGCUCGCUGGGUUUGUAGUGGGAGCCAACAUCCUGGCCGGUGGAGCAUUCUCAGGCGCCUCCAUGAACCCCGCCCGCUCCUUCGGUCCUGCCUUGGUCAGUGGCGACUGGACCGACCACUGGGUUUAUUGGGUUGGUCCCCUCAUCGGAGGCGGGCUGGCUGGGUUUAUCUAUGAGAAUUUCUUCAUCGUCAGAUCCCAUGUUCCUAUUCCGUAUGAAGAAGAUCAAUUGAAAAUGGUGAAACUCACUUUAGGAAGUCACCAUGAAGCCACCCAGUCAGACUGCAUCAAAGCCUUGAUUGUUGAGUUCAUUACAACCUUCCUCUUUGUGUUUGCUGGAGUUGGAUCUGCCAUGGCUGCUGAUAAAUUCCCUGAUGGGAGUGGCCUGGUAGGGUUGUUUGUUGUGGCGGUGACACAUGCUCUUGUGGUGGCUGUGAUGGUAUGCGCUGGCCACAUCUCCGGCGGUCAUCUUAACCCCGCUGUUACUUUUGGCCUCUUUGCCGGCGGCCACAUCACUUUAUUCCGAUCCGUCCUGUACUGGAUAGAUCAGUUAUUAGCAUCUUCAGCAGCAUGUUUUCUUCUCAAUUAUCUCACUGGUGGAAUGGGUACGCCAAUACACUCACUUGCCAGUGGGGUGGGGUACUUUCAAGGGGUGGUAUGGGAGGUCAUCCUCACAUUCUCUCUAUUAUUCACUGUCUACGCAACAAUUGUGGACCCUAGGAAGGGUUCCAUUGAUGGUCUGGGUCCUAUGCUCACUGGGUUUGUAGUGGGAGCCAACAUCCUAGCUGGUGGGACGUUUUCAGGAGCCUCUAUGAACCCAGCGCGAUCCUUUGGCCCUGCUUUGGUCAGCGGUGACUGGACCGAUCACUGGGUCUACUGGGUUGGUCCCCUUAUCGGAGGUGGGCUGGCUGGGUUUAUCUACGAGAAUUUCUUCAUCAUCAGAUCCCAUGUUACUAUUCCCUAUUCGGACACAAAUUUCUAAAUUAUAAUGUGUAUUGAUGCCUGUUAUUAUCCAUCUUCAUCGCUGAAUGUAUCAAAUCUGUCUGUUUCUUGUCAUCUGGUUUCCUCUCCAUGUACUAUAUAUAAUUUGAGGACUCAUUUUUAUGUGAUCCUGUGAUAUGUUCUUCAGCCAA